AUGAACCACAGGUUUCUCCCCAACAGGGAGAAAGAGAUCAAACCUGGCAUUAUGCAAAAUAAACAUUUAGUUUCAGCAACCAGCAAAUCGCCUCAUAAUGAGAAAAUCAAGCAAAAUAUUCCUUCAAAUUGGAUAUAUAAUGAUCAAAAGACAGAAAAAAUGUGGGAAGACUUAGAAAGAUAUCAAAAGAAGAGAGAGAAAGAUCAAAACAAUAAUCCAUUUGUUAAGAUCGAUGAAUCUACAGAAAGGAUAAAAAACGUUAUUGACAAAUACGAGAAAGAAGACGAAGAUUUAUACAACAAAAUGGCAGAAUACAGUUUUGGAGAUCCAAAUGACCCAGGAGAUGAAGAAUCAAUGCUUUUAGACGCACGUUUAAAAUUAACUGGGAUUUUAGACGAUCAUAGCGACAAUCAACAGAAGCAAAGUGCACUCCUUGCAGGACUCAGAUACUGGCUAGAAGGAGUAAAAGGCGGAGGAAUUUCAGAAUUACCAGAUUUUCUUAAAACCGAAGAAAGUUCUUAUAAUAUAGAUAUGCAAAAAGUUGUUGAAGCGCUUGAAGGCAUCAGCCAAUCCAAAAAUGAAAUUGGAGAACGCGCAACUGAAACUUUCAAAGCAGCUUUCAAUAUUCUCACGAAAAAACUUGAAGAAGCCAAUCAAAAAGUACAACAACAGUCACUACAGAUUCGAGAACUUCAAACUAUAUCGGAUAAACGCGGUCCCAGAAAAUCAUUAAAUAGAUCUUCAGAUAAAAACGUUUCCAUUGACGAAUUAGUUAGAGAAAGGAACAGAAAUGCAACAUUAGAAGCCCAAAUCAAGCAAUUGCGAGAGCUCCAGCAACAGCAACCUAAAUCUCCUGAAUCUCCAGAAAAAUCUGAAACAAAUUCCAAUUUAGAGUCAGUUGUUCAAGCAGAACUCAAAGCAAACAACUUGGAAGAAUCAGUUAAGCGUCUUAAAGAAGAAACGAAGUAUUUACAAUCCCAAAUUUUCAAAAUGAAGCGAGAUGAACUCGCAAAUGCCAAAAAGAUGACUUCUCUCGAGAACCACAAAGAAAGUUUAGAGAAAUCACUCAAAAACGCAACAGACAAACUCAAACUUUAUGAAGGAAACAACAAUGAUUUGCUAAAAAAUCAAGAAAACGAUAAAAAAGCAAAUCUGACAAAAAGUGACUAUGAAAAGAAACUCAGUGACAUGAAAUUGCAGCAUUUGAAGGAGAUUGAUGAGAUUAGAGAGCAGAACAACCAGAGGAUCAACAAAAUCAUGAAAGACAACGACAGAAAAAUGGAAGAACAAAUGAGAAUUUUCGCAGACGGAAUGUCACAACAAGAUGGAUCUUCAAUUCUAAAGAAUGCAGUGAAAAUGUAUACAGAUCAACUGGAAGAAUUAAGGAAUACAUCGGAAACUAAAAUAGAAGAUAACAAUAAAAAGAAUAAGGAAGCAAUACAAAACGUAAUAGAAAGAUAUGAAUCGAUUUUGAAACUGAAAGAUGAUGAAAUGCAAAGAAAUAAAGCGGAAUUUACAAAAUCUAUACAAAUUCUGGAGAAGAAAAAUGAACUGGAUACGCAGGAAAGAAUAAACCAGGAGCUCUUGAAUCUAAGAGAACAAACAACAAAAGAAUUUCAGGAUAUGAAAGGUGAAUUAGACAAAAAAGUGUCAGAAUUAAAACUUAAACUCAAAAGUGUCCAAACGGAAAGAGAUACAUUGAAACAUAUCAUCGAGGAAAACAUGUUGGAAAUGAAUGACGAAGAAGAUGAAAAUGAAAAUGAUUUAAUUGAAAAAAGUGACAAAGUUUUGAAUGAAACAAUGCAACAAUUGAAGUUAAUUGAGUUAGAGAAGAAACUUGAAGAAAAAUAUACUUUGUUAAUGCAAACACAGCGUUCCAUUCUUGAAGAAACAAAAUCCUGGGAAAUAGACGCAAUAAAGAAAAGUUCUGAUGAUGAAAUUUCUCAAAAAGUGUCAGAAGUUCGAAGAAGAAUUGCGGAUUUGACAAGAAGAGAUAUUUUGGCCAUUAAAGGCACAGAUCAACAAGUCAUGCAGCAUUUCACAAACGUCUUAAAAAUAUUUGAAAAAGAUAAUCCAGACCUAGUAAAUUCAAAACAAGGAUUGAUGAUGCCUGCUGAAGAAGUCGAAUUCAAAAUGAACGAAUACAGAGAGAAAUUACUCCAAGUUUUAAAUGAAAACGAGACUUGGAAGAUGACAUUUAACAAACUAGAUACAAUCAAGGAUAAAUCAGAACUAGAAAUCCUUGAAGCCCUUAAGAAAGCAAUUGCAGAUCAAUCAAAAGAAUAUGCUGUUUUGAAAAGUGAAAAUGAAAACCUCCGAAAUCAAAUAAUUUCUCUUGUUAAUGAUCCACAACUCGCCAGUGAUUUGCUGCAGAAUACAUUGUCAUCACCACAGAAAACUCUUCAAAAACAACUAUCUCAGAAAGAUAAUGAUCUAAUGAAGAACAUGAAAACAGAAAGACAAUAUAUUUUCCAAGUAAAUCCUGGAAGUAUUCGUCACUUUUUCACGAAAUCUGAAAAAGCAAAAAGUAUUCCUGAUACAUUUAAAGAAUUAAUUUGUCAUUGUAGCGAAUGUGGAGAGAACUUUACUUCUAAGAAAGAAGAUGUUGAAGAAAUUGCUGUUAUGGAACCUUUUGUUACUUGUCCAAAUUGUCAUUGCAAGAAUCAUUUGUUCUGCAUUGAUGACGCAAUAGAAACAGGAAGAUUAGCUGAAUUAUCACAGGAAAUAAAGAACUUGGAGUUCCAAUUGAAGAUGGCCAAAGGAAAUGAAAGACUACCAAAUGAUUUGAGGAACUUAAAUCUCAAAGAUAAAGCUGUUUCUUUAUUCAUCGAAAUGUCAAAAAUUUUGGUAGAAAAAGAAAGAGAAUCAUAUGAAAACACCGAGAAAUGCAAGAUAUUGACUGAUAUUGCAGAUGGUGUUGAACAUCUUGGAGCAACAAGAGAAACAGAAUUAUUAGAAAAAGUCAAAGAAAAUGUAAAAAGUCAAAUUGCUGAUGAAGAAACAAUUGACAUGAUGUUGAAGGUUUUGGAGAAUUCUUCAGCUUAUAUAUCAAAUGUUAGUACAAAUGAAGUCAUUCCAAAGCCUGUGGAUUCGCCUCCUCCACCACAUUCUUCCCCAAGAGGAAAUGAUGAAAAAGUGACAAAUCCACCACCAAUAAUUGUAGUUGAAGAGAAAGAUAUUGUUGAAAAUAAACCACAGAACAAAGAUAGUGUUAAAAGAUCUAGUUCCAGGAGCCAAAGAAGUCAAAAAUCAGCAUCAGUUUCUAAGAGUGAAUUAAUUACUUUGCAAAAAGAAGUUUUAGUUCUUAAAAACUCAUUUUCUAGGAUAAGAGAUGCUUUGUUAGUCAACAAAGAACAGGCUGUUAAACUGAUUAAAAGUGUUUCUGAUUUAGUUAAAAAUAAAAUUAGUAAAUACGAAGGAUCCAAAUCAGAAACAGCAGAACUUAAAAAACUUUUAACAGAAAGUCAAAAUCACGAAACAGAUUUGAAAUUAGAACUAACAAGAGCUAUCAAUGCAUUGGAGAAACUCCAGAUAGAAAGAGAAGAACAAGAAGAUAAAGAUGCAAUUAUUAAGAAAAUGCAAGAAGAACACGAACAGUCAAUGUACAAAUUAAAUGAUGAUUUCAACAAAUUACAAAAGAAAUUAAAUGACAGUGAAAAAGUCAGAGAAUCUUUAGAACGAAAACUCCAAAAGAUUGCUCAAAACAGAGAGAAUUAUAAUAUAGAAAACAACGAAAUCUUUUCUAUAGAUAAUACUCAGCAACAAACUGUUGUUAUUCAACAAAAUACUUCUCAGCAAAAUUUGUUACAAAAUACAAAUUUCACAAAACAGAAUUCUUCAAAGAAAAUCACUGUUCCAAAAACACCAAGAACAAUAGAGAAACAAGAACAGAAACAACUGACAUUGCAACAAAGAUUCCCUCUUUUAGUUUAUGAUAAUAAUGAUAAUCUCAUUGAUCCUGCAAAACCUCAUCCGGUUGUUUAUGUAACAAAUGUCCAAGAACAACAAAUUCCUCCGAAACCAAUGACUCCAAAGCAGCCAAUUGUUGAUACAGUUCCUGAUCAAACUGUAUUGAGUAAAACAGCUCAAGAUAAAUACAAGAUUUCUCUCCAAGAACAGAUAAAACAACAGAAAACACAACAGCAAAUUGAUCUUCUUUCUAAAAGAAUUAAAAGCCUUGAAAAAUCAUUGGAAGAGAAAACUAAUGAAUUAUCAGAUUACAGAGAAAAAUCUCAUGAAUACACUUCCAAUGCUUUUAAACAGAAACAAGACUUUGCUAAGGUAAAUCAUGAAUUAACAAAGGAAAGAAUGCUCCACGCUAGUACUGUUUCAAGAUUAAACAAAGCUCUGCAAUUGCUUGAAGAUAAAAACAAAACAAUUGAAAAAUACCGAAGAUUAAAUGACCAGUUCUCUGUUAUUGCAAGCAUCGCAUCAGCAGGAAAGAGAAGUGAUGAUAAAAAUGAUAUACUCAAGGUGUUCUCUGCUUUCGGAUCUAAUCCGUUCCUCGCUAACAUGGAGAGAAAUGAAGUCAGAUCUCUCGAAAGAUGGAUUGCUGUUCGUGACGAAAUUCUUCAGAGAGAAAGAACUCAAGAGAUCAAGAGAUUGGAUGCUUUAUGUCUUAUCUUAAAGGAAAAAGGAGGCCAUACAGAAAAACAACCUUUAGUUAAUGUUACCCCCAUGAAAAAUUAG